UACUUACUUGCCUAGGUAGGUAUCCUGUGAAUAUCGAUAUGCCGGUCCGUAUCCGUAUCCUUGCUAUUAUUCGGAAGCGAAGCCGAGGUGGUGGUUAAUGUUGGAUUGAUCGACAUGUGAAUUUUCUCUGUUUCAUGUUCCAUUCGCAAUAUUGCCUGUUUUGUCGUUUUCGUCUGAUGCUGCUGUUUGUUCGUUCAAUAAUCUUGGCGACUUUCUCGAUGUGAAAAGUUUCGCCGCUUCAAUAAUGAUUGAGAAUCAAAUUCAAAGCUAUGUAAAGAUCAACGUCUACCUCACAAUUCCUUCUCCCUGCAUUUCUCACAAAGUUUGUCUGUUUCGGGUGCGAUUACACGACACGACGAAUCAAACCCUCACAAACUUCCACCUCCCUACUCUCGCAGUAUCUCAAUUCACUCUUUCUUCUCACCGCACAGCCAAACCUCGGGUCCUAGUUAAAACGCGAAACUCAAACCGGGCUGUCAUGAUGCCGCCGCAUCGCUGCAUACGCGUCGUACACGGCGAGCCAAUGGUGCGGGACGGCUGUUGCGGCACGGGAAGUGUAUAUAGAGGGGAAGACUUCCCCUUGGAGUUUCCGUGGAGUGUCCGUUCUUUUAUGUUGUUUGUUUGUGCGGCGAUGAUGGUGUUGUUUGGGCUCUUUUUGAUGUUUGGGGUUUGGGUUACGGAACGGAAGGUAGAGUGAGGUGGUUGGAGGGAAGUUGUUGUUGCGGUGUGCGGAGUGAUGGAUUUGGGGUGGAGGGAUGGCUUGGAAGUUGGAAGUUGGAGUGAGGAGAGAGUCCUACAUUGAAGAAAGGA